UACAACUCUGUCCGCAUUUAAUUGGCAGAAUCAAUCGGUUAAUGGUAAAUCCCUGGUGAACAACAGUUGGUGAAUGAUUCGGAAAAUGAGGUCAAUAUUCAAACCAGUUUAUCUGUUUCUUUUAAAUUGUAUCCAAUCCAUUUAUUCCAUAUACCCUCCAUUGGACACAGCCAUUUCCCCUACAUCCGGCAAACUUGAUGGUUUUGAAGCCUGUUAUUCUUUACACGAUGUUUUAGCCACUUUUGACAUGCCUCAGUACAGACGUCUUCCACAAGUCAAAGAAAUCCUGGAGGAGUAUCAGUACAAUUGUAAACUGCGAGACAUGAACAGCUUGCCCAAGAAGUAUCCUUUGAUAGUCAUUGAAGCCCCACGGAGAAGAAAGCGGUUCCUCGUAGCCAAGCGGCUUGCCAAGGAGCUAGAUGCAGCCAUCAUGUUUAGUCCUCCACUAGGAUGGUCCAAGUUUAGGGAGGCGUUCAACAGGUCCAUAGAGAUGAGAAGGGCGUUCCAUUCCCUCAGUAUUUAUGGGUCUGCAAACAACGCAAUGCAAUAUCUGGGCCGUAAACCUGUUGUUAUGUCAGGAUUUUGGAUGGACCAAGCAACAUUUGCUAUCGCCAAGAAGUAUUUCCCCAACUUUCCUCCCCAAAACUCCUCCGUUUUCCAGUGGCCCAAGGAUCUAAUUAAGCCAGACUACACUUUCUUUAUCAACGAGCCUCUACCAAGAUCAUUCACCGAAAACAAGGAGGAGUCGAUUAGAUAUCAGAUUUUACAAGUGUACAGGCAUUGGGCAGACCCUCCUGUCAUAGAACUAUACAUGGAUGAUGAAGUAAAGGUUGCGACUACAGUGGAAGAUAUUCUGAGAUAUAUAAACAGUCCGCACUCAACAACAGUUCCAUCUGAGUCAUAA